CACAGGCUAAGGAGAAGUCAUGGUCACAGCUUGGCCUGAAGGAAACAGCCCCUGUCAAAGACAAAAGGACAUCGGCCCUCACAGAGAGAUCUUCCCAGAAGAAUCAGCCCUCCUCUGAGAAAGAAAAGGUUAAUAAACUCAAUGAGAAAAAUUCUGAGAAGACCAAUGCCUCUUUAGUUCAGAGAAGUUUUGCCACGUCUCAUACCGAAAGACCACAAGACAAGGUAGAAGAUUUUGCUCUAAGAAGUUCCAUAGAGCCAGGAGAAAAUAAAGACACAAGAGACAUUUCAAGCACACAGAGACUGAGCAGACAAGAAAACAGUAGUGCUGGAAAUGAUAAGCAAGCCAUUGUGGAUAAAAAUGAACGUCCAGGGUUCAAAGGAGAGAAAACUGGGCUUCAUUCUAAGGAAGAGACUAGUGGAAAAGACGUUGAGAUGAAAGGAGGAUCAGCAAUUGCAAACGAAACAGUGUGGACAAGUGUCCAGAUAAAAGCAGUGUGUUGGUAAAACUCACAGGGAUCCGUUCUGGGAAAGGUGUAUCAGCAAUGUAAAAGCCAUUUCCUCAUCCCGAAUCCUGGAAAACUCAGCACUAGUGCCCACUUUCCAGAACGCUGAGGAAGCAGAACCCACUGGCAGCAGCAAGCGGAGGGUGAUGGAGGAGUGCUUCACCAAAGAGGACAACAAAAAGUGCAGAAUAGAUGUAGCGAGCCCAGGUGAAGGACACGCAUUUAGGACACAGGAAACUGGACAAGCCCAGGGGGGCUUACAAGGCAAACCCCUGGAGUCCACUGGAACUAAGAUCUCCAGACAGCAAGAUCUGGUGGCUCUACUGGAUGAUGUCCCGGCUCCUCCCGCCCCGUUUAAUCACCGUAUCGUGACAGCCAAACAAGCAGCCAUCAACAGUUUUUAUACUGUGAGCAGAACGGAAAUUUUAGGAGGGGGGCGUUUUGGCCAGGUUCACAAGUGUGAAGAGAAAGCAACAGGUCUGAAGCUGGCGGCCAAGAUCAUCAAGACCAGAAGCACGAGGGAUAAGGAUGAAGUGAAGAAUGAGAUCAACAUCAUGAACCAGCUGGAUCACGUGAACCUCAUUCAGCUCUACGAUGCCUUUGAGUCAAAGAAUGACAUCGUCCUGGUCAUGGAGUAUGUGGAUGGAGGGGAGCUGUUUGAUCGCAUCAUCGAUGACAACUACAAUCUGACCGAGUUUGAUUCCAUCCUGUUCAUCAAGCAGAUAUGUGAGGGCAUAAGACACAUGCAUCAGAUGUACAUUCUCCACUUGGAUCUGAAGCCUGAGAAUAUCCUGUGUGUGAAUCGGGAUGCUAAACAAAUAAAAAUUAUUGAUUUUGGAUUGGCCAGAAGGUACAAACCCAGAGAGAAGCUGAAGGUGAACUUUGGAACUCCGGAAUUUCUUGCCCCUGAAGUUGUGAACUAUGAUUUUGUUUCCUUUCCCACUGACAUGUGGAGUGUGGGUGUCAUUGCCUAUAUGCUACUGAGUGGUUUGUCUCCCUUCCUGGGGGACAAUGAUGCUGAGACCCUGAGCAACAUCCUGGCCUGCAGGUGGGACUUAGAGGAUGAAGAAUUUCAGGACAUCUCAGAGGAGGCCAGGGAGUUUAUCUCCAAGCUUCUGAUUAAGGAGAAGAGCUGGAGAAUAAGUGCAAGUGAAGCUCUCAAACACCCUUGGCUGUCAGAUCACAAGCUCCACUCCAGACUCAUCACACAGAAGAAGAAUUGUUGCUCUAAUGAGAAGAACCUUGUGACCAAAUAGCCCAUGGAAGGCACCCAUUUGAAAGGAAAACUGCUGUGGUUGCUGCUGUGUUGGGAAGAUUUUUGGGAAAAUCAGCAGUUCUGAUGCCUUGACCCCAAUGAUGACGGGUGGCUAUGGGGGCUGGGGGGGUGACGCUGCACUUGAACUUGGAGCACCCAGUUCAGGGGGUGCCUACUGCUGUGGUUCUGGGGGUGUAGACAAGCCCCAUGCCCCUUUCCUCACAUCCCCACAUCCCACGGUAGGACACAAUUGGGAAGAUGUUUCCUUGACAUCUUGAGUUUUCAAUGUUUAUUUUUUAAUUUUAGUUGCUGGGAUAAGGGGUACAUGAUUUCUGCUCUUUCUCCGCUUACUAGAACAAUCAGACUGGAGAUUUACUGGAGACGUUUAAACCUGGAGGAUACCUUGAGAGGGAGAAAACUGCUUCCAGUCCUUAAGCUAUCUAUGCCUUUCAAAGGGGUGAUCAUAUCACCAGAAGAAAAUUAUGUCUUUUGCACCUUUGAACACUUGGUUUCUCAGAUAUAUAUGAAUAAGGCAGGAUCCACAAUGUAUAUAUAUAUUUGAUUUGGUCUGAAAUCAGGUGACUCCAAAUGAUAAAUAAUUUGCUUUCUGGAACUUGAGCUGUCUCUGAAUCCUAAGGCAAGAGGCAUCAGACAUCAUGUCUUCCAUUGGUUCUGAACUUUUCUCCCAGUUCAUUGGUUUCUUCCAAAUAGCAAUUCUACUUUCAAAUGAAUGGCAUGCAUUUCACAAGGCACUCUCUGCUCUCUUCUGACUGAGCAUUCAUGAGAUGAAAGGCACUAGUUUUCACCACUGGAGCAAGAGGUGUUUGCUUACGGCUAGUGUUUAGAAUUUAGAGUAAUGGUAACAGUCCCAAGAGCUUUCCUCACGCUGCUGUUGUCAACGAGAGAUGGGCCAUGAGGAUCCCAAUUCCUAGGGACGGCACUUUGCUUCCAGUGUUGAAACUACUUUGACAAUAAUGCUCAAGUUUCUGGUUAAAUUCCAACAUUUCUGAAGCCCAGUGAUCUCACCCACGCAGAGUCUCACAUGGCUCAGCGGUUGUGAAAAAAGAACACUCAGAAGUCAGAGGUGAGGCAAACACUCCUGCUCACUCUUUGGAUAUGAGAAUGAUUCCAGUUGGAAGCUUCUUGUUCCUGAGCUCAUGUGCCAUCUCAUUACGGAUUUUUAAUAACGGAAGUGAGCCCUACCAUAUAUAGCACAGAAAGGCGAGGGCCUCUCGAUGGUGAAACGUGUGUGUCAUUUCUUGAUGAAGAAGAGGCCGUGCAGAGCCACACAGAACUCCUAUCACACAUCCAGCCUCAUGCUUGCCAUUCAGCUUCUUAAGCUGUCCUCCUAGUUCCCAUUUCCAAAGAAUUCCUGUGUUGAGAUCAGCUAUAAGAAUGUGUUUUUAGCUGUAAAUGGUUCUAGACUCCAAUAGACACCAUACACCUUAGCAAUGGCUGUAUUAGUGAGGUCAGUUUUACCUGGCAUUGGCUUUUCUACAUCAUUGCUCGUAUCCACCUAGUGGAUCCUUCUAGCAUGCCCGUGAAUAACUGCAUGUGUAAUGUUCUUAUUCUCAUGUGCAAGGUAAAGGGGAGGUAGAGACAGAAGAAAAUGUGUAAUUUAGUGAAGACCACAUGCCAAUUUAGUGGUCUUGCUAGCUAUAAAACUGACUCCUUUCUAGCUUUGCUCUUGCAUUAUGAUGCAUUUCUUUUUUCCUUUGGCCUAUGCAUUUAUUCAAGGUUGGUUUUCUUCUGCUCCUGUUAUGUGACUAUGCUUAAAAUAUUUAAUUUGGUUUCCUUAAAAAAAAAAAUACAAAAAAACAAAACAAAAAAAAACUCAACACAACACAACAAAGCCCUGCGACUGAAGUGUUAUAUUACUGGGCUAUCUUUAGCUGAUGGUAUUCAUCGAGUCUGGAAAAAUACAAGCCAGUGCGUGCAUUAAUAUGCAGACCACAGAGAGCUGGCAUCUUCUCAAAUGCUAAAUAAGAUGCAAGGGUCUGAUUUGAAACCCCUCAUGGAAGGGCGUUUUCUGUCCUGGAGGGUGGAAUCUACCAGAUAGAGCAGGAGGUCUUUUGCAUCCAGGUCCCAUUCUGACUCACCUUGGCAGAGAAACUUUCACCAGACCCCAAAACAUGGGAGAGGCAGCGUAAGCCAACGGAAGGAAUGAUUUCUUUAUCAAAUGAAUCCACUAAGGACCCUGCAGUCAGUGGGUGUAAUUU